UACCGCCUUUAACUACUGAAACUGGGGGGGGGGAGAGGGAGGGGGGACGAUUCAUGUGAUGCAACGAUGUCGGAUCUCAAUGAGCGUAGGCCAGUCAACAGGGACUACGCCGUCUCCCUGCUGGAGCAGCUCAAGCUGUUUUACGAACAGAAGUUACUGACUGACGUGGUGCUGCUGGUGGAAGGCAACGAAUUCCCCUGUCACAAGAUGGUCCUGGCCACAUGCAGCUCCUAUUUCAGGGCCAUGUUUAUGAGUGGUCUGUCUGAGAGUAAACAGAGUCAUGUUCACCUGAGGAACGUGAACCCAGCCACCCUGCAGAUGAUCAUCACAUAUGCCUAUACAGGCAACCUGGCUGUUAACGACAACACCGUGGAGCCCCUCUAUGAGACGGCAUGUUUCCUCCAGGUAGAGGACGUGCUACUGCAGUGCAGGGACUACCUGGUGAAGAAGAUCCACGCAGACAACUGUGUCCGGAUGCUGAGCAUCGGGGACCUGUUCUCCUGUGUGGAGCUGAAGCAGAGCGCCAAGCGCAUGGUGGAACACAAGUUCUCCGUGGUCUACCGUCAGGAGGCCUUCCUACAGCUGUCCCACGAGCUGCUGGUCGACGUACUGAGCUCAGACAACCUCAACGUGGAGAAGGAGGAGACGGUGAGAGAGGCGGCCAUGCUGUGGCUGGAGUACAACAUGCAGGCCAGGUCCCAGUACCUCUCCUCGGUGCUCAGUCAGAUCCGCAUCGACGCUCUGUCUGAGGUGACGCAGCGCGCCUGGUUCCAGGGCCUACCUCCUAAUGACAAGUCUGUUGUAGUGCAGGGCCUGUACAAGUCCAUGCCCAAGUUCUUCAAACCCCGCCUGGGGAUGACCAAGGAGGAGAUGCUCAUCUUCAUGGAGGCUACGUCGGAGUCGCCGGCUGACAUGGGUCCGGUCAUGACGGGCCCCAACCACACGGCAGUGUGUUACAGCCCGCAGGCUGAGAAGGUCUACAAACUCAGCAACCCACCCGGCGACCUUCAGAAGGUGGGAACGCUCGUCACCCCCGACAACGAUGUGUUCAUCGCCGGCGGGCAGAUCCCGCUGAAGAACUCGAUCGCCAACCACAGGAAGAGUGGCAGCAAGAUGCAGGCGGUGUUCCGAUCGGUGGACAGCUUCUUCUGGUUCGACGCCCAGCAGAACACCUGGUUGCCCAGGACGCCCAUGACGUGUGCCCGCAUCAAGCCCUCUCUGGUCUACUGCGAGGGUUACAUCUACGCCAUCGGGGGGGACAACGUGGGCGGGGAGCUGAAUAAACGCACCGUAGAACGCUACGACUGUGAGAAAGACGAGUGGGCCAUGACGUCUCCUCUCCCGUGCGCCUGGAACUGGACCACGUCCGUAGCGACACGCGGCUGUGUCUACGUGAUGACCCACGACCUCAUGUACUGCUACUUCCCCCGCGCUGACACCUGGGUAGAGAUGGCCACGAGGAAGACCAGUCGCUGCUUUGCCUCCGCCGCCGCCUUCGGUGACCUCGUCUUCUAUAUCGGCGGGCUCCACGUGGUCAGCAACUCGGGUGUCCGCAUGCCCACCAGCACCAUCGACGGCUCCUCCGUCACCGUGGAGAUCUACGACGUCAGCAAGAACGAGUGGCGCCUGGCCGCCGACGUCCCUGCCAAGCGUUACUCGGACCCGUGCGUGCGGGCUGUGGUCCUCCCGGGUUCUCUCUGCCUCUUCAUGCGCGAGACUCACAUGAACGAGCGCGCCAAGUACGCCAUCUACCAGUACGACCUGGAGCUGGACCGCUGGUUCCUGAGGCAGCCCGUGUCUGAGCGGGUACUGUGGGACCUGGGGAAGGACUUCCACUGCUCCGUGGGGAAGCUGUACCCAUCCUGUCUGGAGGAGUCUCCAUGGAAACCGCCCACCUACCUGUUCUCCCCCGACGGGGCCGAGGAGUUUCAGGUGGACGGGGAGAUGGUGUCUCUCCCUCACAUAUAACUCUUGACCUUUUACCUCUGGCCGUGUUAGAGGGGUGGCCCUGAAGGCUUGUGGAUGGGGGGGGGGGGGGUUGGAGGAGUAGAUUACCACAGUACUGAGGCACUAAGUGUGUUGAUAUCUGGAUCAGAGGCAUCUGACAAUUCCUAGACUUGCUGCAUUUAAAGGCUGUUCUGCUUGACUGGCUGUUGCUGACAGACAAACCGUACUAAACAGUCAGACAUU